AUGUAUUCGCCACCUUUUUACUCGUUCCGGAGCUCCCUCUUUUUUGAGCUGUUAUUGCUACUGGAUCGACUUGUUGUCAACUGGUUGGGCCCCCCGGUGUAUGCGUUCUUGCUGUUCUACAAAUGCUAUGUGCGCAAUCUGUCGAUUGAGCUCUUGUUAACUGACGUAGUCUUUUACCUCUCCUUAUUCUACGUGAACUGGACACGGGUGGCGGCAGGCUCUGCCGGGAACAAAUCUGGCACGGCUAGCCUCAUCGGGUGGUUCUGGGCGCUCUGGCCGUUUUCAUUCGCUGCCCAUGUGAACAACGUGUGUGGCCUGCCUCUCGUAUUGACAGUCGACAUCGUUUUCAGCUCCUUCGCACUUGUUCUAGCUGUCCUCCAACUCAUUUGGUCCAUCGUGACAUUCUUGCUCUCCAAUACCAGUGAAGAAUGCGAGACCUCAUACUGCAGCCGCUCCGCAAGUUCUCGCUAG